GUGGAGAGGUUGCAAGCAUAUGAUACGCCCGCCAAGCAGCUCUUUGUGCACUGACCCAACUCGACUCGGCCUAUUUCUGAGUUGACGCGCUCGAGUUAGAUAUAGAAAAGCGAAUAGAGCUGGGGUUUAAUUCGGCGACAACAAUGGAGGAACAUUCCCUCCAUAGCGAUUCUCACCUCAAGGCCUGUGUCGUCCUCGGCGGCCGAGGUUUCAUUGGUCGAUCGCUUGUCUCCAGAUUGCUUCGCCUCGGAAACUGGACGGUCCGAGUCGCUGAUUCCGGUCACAAUCUCCAUCUCGACGAAUCCGAUUCGGUCCUUGUGGAUGCUCUCUCCUCCGGCCGUGCUUCUUAUCACUGCGUCGAUGUUCGUGAUAAACCUCAGAUCGUUAAAGUUACUGAGGGUUCCUGUGUUGUAUUUUACAUGGGAGCUACUGAUUUACGUUCCUAUGAUUACUUUCACUGCUACAAGGUUAUAAUUCAAGGUACAAAAAAUGUGAUUUCUGCCUGUCGUGAGUCUGGAGUCAGAAAACUUAUCUACAACAGUACUGCUGAUGUUGUUUUUGAUGGUUCCCAGCCUAUACUUGAUGGUGAUGAAUCCUUGAGACGUCCUUUACGGUUCCAAUCCAUGUUGACAGACUUUAAAGCUCAAGCAGAAGCUUUGAUCAAAUUUGCUAACAAUCGUGAUUGUCUCUUAACUUGUGCACUUCGCUCUAGCAUUGUCUUUGGACCUGGUGAUACGGAGUUUGUACCUUUCCUUGUGAACCUAGCCAAGUCCGGAUAUGCAAAGUUUAUAAUUGGGAGUGGUGAAAAUAUGUCUGAUUUCACUUACUCUGAGAACGUUUCUCAUGCACAUAUAUGCGCUGCAGAAGCACUAGAUUCACAAAUGGAGUAUGUGGCUGGAAAGGAAUUUUUUAUCACAAACCUCAAGCCGGUCAGAUUUUGGGACUUUGUAAGCCACAUUGUUGAAGGUCUGGGAUACCCAAGACCAUCCAUUAAACUUCCUGUUCGGCUGGUUUUGUUUGUUUUCUCACUUCUUAAGUGGACACACCGAAAAGAGAGCCUUGGGAGUAAUUAUGAUACAGCUCAUCAGUAUGCUCUGUUAGCUUCAUCAGUGAGAACUUUUAACUGCAAUGCAGCUAAAAAGCAUCUUGGUUACACACCUGUUGUGACACUUGAAGAUGGUAUUGCAUCAACGCUUCAGUGGUUCUCUCGGGAUCUUGAGAAGUCUGAUGACAUGAUGAUUCAAUCUACGGCAGAUCAGCUUCUUGGUUGUGGUAAAGUUGCAGACAUCUUGCUGUGGAGAAAUGAGAAGAAAUCAUUCGUUUCUUUUCUUUUCCUCAACUUGUUAUAUUACUGGUUCUUCUUUUCUGGCAACACAUUUACUUCAUCUGCAGCCCAACUCCUGUUUCUAUUUGCUGUUGCUCUCUAUGGACUUGCUUUUGUGCCGUCAAAGAUUUUUGGUUUUCAAGUCAAGAAAAUACCCCCGUGGAGAUUUGAAAUCUCGGAAUCAGCUAUAAGAGAUUUUAGCAGAGAUAUCGUAGUUGUGUGGAACCACGGAGUUCGCCGUUUUAAAUCCCUAAGCAGAGGAGGAGACUGGGUCAAGUUCUUCAAGAUUGCGGGAUCGCUAUAUCUCCUCAAACUGAUCGUAUCCCGUUCAUUGGCGGCAUUUCUUUUCACAGUGCUGUCUUUCUCGUUCACCGCUUUCUUCAUGUACGAGCAAUACGAGCUUGAGCUCUAUCACCUAGCCCGGAUCUUUAUUGAAUGCUUAACAGCUGUUAAAAGGAGGGUGAUGCCUGUUUCUGAUGCUUCAUCUAAACCAAUGUUCAUGUGAAGCUUCCAAAGUCCACAAAACGAAUACCAACAGUCCCAGAGAGACUAAUUGAAGUGAUUUAGAUGUAUUUGUACAAACAGUAUGCUAUAUUUCAGAAUGUAAUCUUAAGAGUGGAGAGGGAUAUAUAAUUACGAUUAUUUACGACUUUGCCAUGUC